AUGGAACCUAUAUCAACAUCACCUUCCAAUUCUUCAUUAUCUCUAAAUAAACCUAUACUCAGAGCAUAUCUUUGUAAAAAGGGUCAUGUUGUAAAGAAUUGGAAGUUAAGAUUAUUUGUAUUAAAGUAUGGAGCUAGUUUUAUGGAAUAUUUUGUUGAUGAAAAUAAAGAAUCAAAUCAUCAACCUCAAGGUAAAAUACCAUUGUAUAAUUGUAAAGUAAAUGAUUACCAAAAGGGUAACCAAUCUUCUUCUUCAUCUUCGUCGUCUUCAUCAUCAUCAUCGUUGACAGCAUCAACAACAUCAACUACACCAUCAUCAUCAUCAUCAUCAAGAGAAUUUUGUUUUAUAAUAGAGACAUGUGAAGGAAAAUCAUGGAUUAUAUCUGCAUCAUCAAAACAACAAAAACAACAAUGGAUAGAGAGUAUUAGAGAGGCUGCAGGUAUGGUUGACGAAAGCGACGAUAUCAAGUCAUCGAGACACAAGUCUAUUGAAAAAUCUAUACAAUCCGACCUCAAGAAUAGAAGUACGUUGGCUGUUCUCAAACUCUUACUACUUGGAACCGGUGAAUCUGGCAAGAGUACGAUUGUCAAACAAAUGAAAAUUCUUCAUCACAAGGGUUUCUUGCCCGAGGAAAAGGAUUUCUACAGACAAUUGGUACAACGUAAUCUAUUGGAUGGCGUUGGCAUUAUCGCCAGCAUCGUCGACGAAGAUCAAAACUUGGGUGUCUCUGCUGAUACACGUGCAUCCGUCACGAGCUACCUCGGAUGGUUCAGAAACUAUGUGGCCAACCGUCCAGGCGUCCUCUUUGUAAAGUCAAACAGAGGUAGUGUUACUCUAUCCAACUCUACUCCACCCCAGUCACCGGGUUUGUCUGGUAACACAACAAAAAUAUUAGAAAAUUCAUUGGCCGAUUUAAGCAUUGCGGAUCAAUCCUCUACUCCCAAACAACACAGCCGUAACAACAGCAGCAAUAGUGGAGGUGCAACCACUACUACUGGAUCUUUGACAGAAGAUUAUUUACAAAUAGAGGAAAAUGGAAUACCGGCAAACAUUUGUCAAUUCAUUAUUAACAUUUGGGCCGAUUUGGUGGUUCAAAACGAGGUGUUGAUCAAGGCACAACAUCUUCAUAUGCACGAGGCGACCCAAUACUAUUUAAAUGAAAUCAGACGUAUUGGCAAGCCGGGAUACUCUCCCACCAGCUUGGAUAUUCUCAAGAGUCGCUCCACCACGAAUGGUGUGGUCGAGACUGACUUUAAGGUGGGCGAGGUUAUAUUCCGUAUCAUUGAUGUUGCUGGACAACGUGGUGAGCGUAAAAAAUGGAUUAAUUUCUUUGACGAUGUCACUGCCAUUAUUUUUGUGGCCGCCAUCUCAGAUAAAAAGAAAGGAAAGGAUCAUUCAAGAUACAUAUAUUUCCACUUUACUUGUGCCACUGAUUCAAAAUCCUUUGAAACUGUUUUCAAUUCUGUUCAAGAUAUUAUUAUUUCUAAAAUUCUUGAUAGUUAUACAUAA